AUGAGCGCCCCAAACGACUUCAGAUCUUUCGCUGGUAUCAACAUUAAGCAAGAUUUCGGUUAUGGUAUAUCGACCAAGUCGUCCAAGCCGCCACAACCCCCUAAUGGCGAGCUCAAGCAAUCGCAGGCUUCCAGAGCAUUAACUCUCGCUGGGUAUUUCGUCUCGGGGUGCAUGGCAAUUAACGCAUCACAAUUCCUUGGCGCUCCCUUGUAUCUCGUCAAUGAAGAUUGGUAUAAUGCGUGGAUAGCAUUUACAAAACAGUCGUGGGGCCUUUUGACAAUGACGAUGACCCAGUGGUGGGCGCCUACAGUGGUGAGGGUGAGUGGGGACAGUACCAUGCGGGGACAAUUAUUACAGAGUGUAGAUGGGUCUCUGUUGUGCGAUUUUCCGCAACGAAUGAUUCUCAUUGCAAAUCAUCAGAUAUAUACCGACUGGUUAUAUCUGUGGUGGAUUGGCUAUGCAGCCGGCAUGCACGGUCGAAUCUACGUUGUCCUCAAAGAGUCCCUAAAACGCAUACCUGUUAUUGGCUGGGGAAUGCAGUUCGCCCAAUUCAUCUUCCUCAAGCGAAAGUGGGAGCAGGAUAAGCCUCGCAUGGCUGCUCAUCUGCAGAAGUUCAACAAUCCCAAAGAUCCAAUGUGGCUAAUGAUGUUCCCGGAAGGCACCAACCUGGCUGAUAGCACCAGAGAAGCUAGCAAGAAAUGGGCAGUGAAGAAUGGUAUAGACGACAUGCGGCACAUGCUAUUGCCGCGGAGUACUGGACUACAAUUCAUACUACAAGAGCUCAGGAAGACUGUGGACUACGUCUACGAUUGCACGAUCGCCUAUGAGGGGGUACCUCGAGGAGAAUUCGCUCAAGACAUCUUCACUGUGGGAGCCUCGUAUUUCGGCGGCCGCCCCCCAAAUUCGGUCAAUAUGUACUGGCGUCGCUUCCGAGUUUCGUCCAUACCCCUCGACGACCCCAAGACAUUCGAGCUAUGGCUCAGAAGUCGCUGGAUUGAGAAGGACAAGUUCAUCGAAGACUACCUUCGCACCGGACGAUUCCCAGCCGACCAAGGUACCAGUAAGAACUCAAAAGGGGAGACCAUUCGUGGUGCUGGUCACAUCGAAGCGGAGAUCAAGCCAAAGUAUUGGUACGAGUUUCUGCAGGUUUUCGCACCGAUUGGCUUAUUUGCUCUUGUCUUGUACAUGUUCUAUGGUGCUCUUCCUACAGAGAUCUUGAACAAGAUAAAGUCCAUCGAUCAAAAGACUGUGAUUAAGCAGAUAGAUGCCUAUCAAAAGGGUCAGAUCAAAAUCCCUGAUCAGAGGCAAUUGAAAGCCGCAGCAGCAAAAGCAUUGCAAGAUCAGGACAACGGCAAGGGCAGUAAGCUCAGGAAUGCAGCCUUGGCUCACGGCGUGGUAACUUUGAAUGGAGUUCCUCAGAAAGACUUUCCCACUCAAGGCAUUGGUAAAACAGCUGGUACAAAGGCGGCAAAGGCGAAGAAGCCUGGUGUUAAGACUAAAGCGUCACCGAAAACGGCAUCCGCUCCUAAACCUGUCACACUAAAUGGAGUCCCGUUGGAGGAUUUUCCUGCCAAAGGUCUUGACCAAGCGGCCAGCGUAGAAUUGAUUACGACGGAAAACUCCAAGUCAAAUACUGACACCACUACAACAGCUUUGGCCGUUCCUCAGAAGACUCAAGCGAAAGGUCCUGCUCUUCAAAAUUUCUCGGCCAACGACGCUCCAAACAAGAAGCUGCAGCCACGGAAUAAGAUCCCCGUCAAAAGACUGAAGGCUAAUCCUGUAUCUAAAGCAACGCCUGGUACGGCAAAGGCGAGGCAGCCGACAAAGGCAACGCCAAAAAGGACAGACAUCAAGCCCAAUGAGGACCUUGCGCCUCAAAGGAUUGAGCAAAAGCCUCCAACGACGAGUUCUUCGGCAGGCUCUGCAUCCAAAUCCUCGGACGUGAAGCAGCAAGCAUCGUCUGCACCUCAAAAAUCCGAAUUAGGAUCUGCGGCAGGUCCAGAAUCUGCCGCAUCGGAAGGAAAGAACGUGGAAAGUGCUGCAAUUCGCCGUGCUCACAAGAAGUUGGAACUCAGACAAGGAAAGCAGGAACCCAAACGAAAGAUACGUCGAUUGCAAGCAGCAGCUGCGACAUGUUGA